GUUAUGCUCUGUAUGUAAAAAUCGCUACGUUAGGUUAGUGAAAAUGCCAGUCAGUCGAGUUAGUGUCUGUGACACGUCAAAAAAGGUUAUUUCGGUAUUCGAUAUUCAAAUUCUCCCAGAGGAUAGGGGACAGAAAUUUGGACAAAUGGAAGAAGAGGCCAGUGAACAGAUGCGACCCCUCUUGACAUCCGGGAACGAUGAUGAGGCGGUUGUGGACCUGGGGAAGACUAGCUCCACCAUUCACACCAACUUUGAGAAAGAGGAGCUAGAGAGUCACAGAGCGGUCUAUGUGGGUGUCCAUGUUCCUCUGGGCAGAGAGACCAAACGGAGGCACCACCGCAGCCACCGCGGCCACAGACACCACCGCAAGAGGAGAGACCGCUCGGACCAUGAAGAUGGACGAGAGUCUCCUUCCUAUGACACCCCGUCCCAGCGGGUCCAGUUCAUCCUGGGGACAGAGGAUGAUGAUGAAGAGCACAUGCCCCACGACCUGUUCACUGAGCUGGACGAGCUGUUCUUCCGGGACGGACACGUCUACGAGUGGAGGGAGACAGCCAGGUGGUUAAAGUUUGAGGAAGACGUGGAGGAUGGAGGGGAGCGUUGGAGUAAGCCCUACGUAGCCACGCUGUCUCUCCACAGCCUCUUCGAGCUCCGCAGCUGCAUCCUCAACGGCACUGUCAUGUUGGACAUGAGAGCUAACACCAUUGAGGAGAUCGCAGACAUGGUGAUAGACAGCAUGGUGGCGUCGGCUCAGCUGGAGGAGGAGUUGAGGCAGAAGGUGAGGGAGGCCAUGUUGAAGAGACACCACCACCAGAACGAGAAGAAGCUCAGCAACCGCAUCCCUCUGGUGCGCUCCUUCGCUGACAUCGGCAAGAAACAAUCUGACCCACACCUGCUUGAGAGAAACUGCCUCCUGGCAUCCCCCCAGUCGGCUCCUGGGAACCUGGAGAACAGUAAACCGAGUGAGAGCCGCAUCAACGGAGGAAGCAGAGAGAACAGCACUGUGGACUUCAGCAAGGUGGACAUGAACUUCAUGAAGAAGAUCCCUCCUGGGGCGGAGGCGUCCAACGUGCUGGUGGGAGAGGUGGAAUUCCUGGAGCGACCAAUCAUAGCCUUCAUCAGGCUGUCCCCCGCCGUGCUGCUCACUGGUCUCACUGAGGUGCCCGUACCCACCAGGUUCCUGUUCCUGCUGCUGGGUCCGUUUGGGAAGGGUCCUCAGUACCACGAGAUCGGCCGCUCCAUCGCCACGCUGAUGACAGACGAGGUCUUCCAUGAUGUAGCGUACAAGGCCAAAGACCGGAACGAUCUGCUGUCGGGGAUAGAUGAGUUUCUGGACCAGGUGACCGUCCUACCCCCAGGAGAGUGGGACCCUACGAUACGAAUCGAGCCCCCCAAGAGUGUCCCAUCUCAGGACAAGAGGAAGAUGCCCUCAUUGCCCAACGGCUCUGCCCAUAAUGAUUCCUUCAAGGAAGACCAGCACCAAGCAGGACCAGAGCUACAGAGGACAGGGAGGAUCUUUGGGGGCCUGGUGAUGGAUGUAAGGAGGAAAGCUCCGUUCCUGUGGGGAGAUAUUAGGGAUGCUCUGAGCCUGCAGUGCCUGGCCUCUGUGCUGUUCCUCUACUGCGCCUGCAUGUCCCCUGUCAUCACUUUCGGAGGCCUGCUGGGCGAGGCCACCAAGGGAAACAUUAGUGCGAUCGAGUCGUUGUUCGGGGCGUCUCUGACGGGCGUGGCCUUCUCCAUGUUUGCGGGCCAGCCACUCACCAUUCUGGGCAGCACCGGACCAGUCCUGGUCUUUGAGAAGAUCCUCUUUAAGUUCUGCAGUGACUACGACCUGUCCUACCUGUCCUUGAGGACCAGCAUCGGCCUGUGGACGGCCUUCCUGUGCCUCGUCCUGGUUGCCACGGACGCCAGCUCCCUGGUCUGUUACAUCACCCGCUUCACGGAGGAAGCCUUCGCAGCGCUCAUCUGCAUCAUCUUCAUCUACGAGGCCCUGGAGAAGCUGGUUCACCUUGGGGAACUCUACCCCAUCAACAUGAACAACAAGCUGGACAACCUCACCUUCUACGUAUGUCAAUGUUCUCCGCCGGUUAACGCCACGCCUGAGAUCCAGCAGGUCUGGAACCACAGCGGGGUCGCACCAGAAUCAAUAUCUUGGACCCAACUGGAUGUCGAUGAGUGUUCUAGGCUGCGUGGGGAGUUUGUUGGGCCAGCUUGCGGCCACCAUGGUCCCUACAUCCCUGACGUCCUCUUCUGGUCCGUCAUCCUCUUCUUCACUACCUUCUUCCUCUCCUCCUUCCUCAAGCAGUUCAAGACCAAGCUCUACUUUCCCACCAAGGUACGGUCGACCAUCAGUGACUUUGCGGUCUUCCUGACCAUCAUGAUCAUGGUCCUGGUGGACUACCUGGUGGGCAUUCCCUCCCCCAAACUGAAUGUGCCUGACCGCUUUCAGCCCACGUCUGAGAACCGUGGCUGGGUGAUCUCCCCGCUGGGGACCAACCCCUGGUGGACCAUGCUGGCUGCAGCCAUCCCUGCCCUGCUCUGCACCAUCCUCAUCUUCAUGGACCAGCAGAUCACCGCCGUCAUCAUCAACAGGAAGGAGCACAAACUCAAGAAAGGCUGUGGCUACCACCUGGAUCUUCUGGUGGUGUCUGUGAUGCUGGGGGUGUGCUCCAUCAUGGGCCUGCCCUGGUUUGUAGCGGCCACCGUGCUCUCCAUCUCCCACGUCAACAGUCUGAAGCUGGAGUCAGAGUGCUCGGCCCCUGGGGAACAGCCCAAGUUCCUGGGGAUCAGAGAGCAGAGGGUCACCAGCUUCAUGAUCUUCAUCCUCAUGGGCUGCUCUGUCUUCAUGACCUCGGUGCUCAAGUUCAUCCCUAUGCCAGUCCUCUACGGGGUGUUUCUCUACAUGGGUGUGUCCUCACUCAAAGGCAUCCAGUUCUUUGACCGUAUCAAGCUGUUCUGCAUGCCAGCUAAGCACCAGCCGGACCUGAUCUACCUGCGCUACGUUCCCCUGUGGAAGGUCCAUGUGUUCACCCUGGUGCAGCUCACCUGCCUGGUGCUGCUGUGGGUCAUCAAGGCGUCUGCCGCCGCCGUCGUCUUCCCCAUGAUGGUGUUGGCCCUGGUGUUUAUACGGAAGCUGCUGGACCUAUGUUUCACCAACAGGGAGCUGAGCUGGUUGGACGACCUGAUGCCUGAGAGCAAGAAGAAGAAGGAGGACGACAAGAAGAAGAAAGCCAAGGAGGAGGCCCAGCGCAUGCUGGACGUGGAAGAGGGCAUAGCACACCCCUGCGACGGGCCGGGCAUCCUCAAGACCCUCAAAGUCAGUUUGGACCCCUCUAUGGUAAACAUUUCUGAUGAAAUGGCCAAAACUGCCAAUUGGAAGUCUGUCUCCAUGAACUCUGACAGUGCCAAAGCUCUGAAGCAUAGUGGCAGCCAGGCGAAGGUGUCCUGUGUGAAGAUAAACUUGGAGAAUGACCAGGGGGAGAAGUAUGGGGAUGCUGAGACCUCCUUAUGAAGGAGGGACGGGAGGAGCAGGGAGAGUGCCACUUCAGCCUCUAGCCCACCAGGUGGCGUUGUCCUCCUGUCCUCCCACACAGCAGGGGGCAGUGUCCUUCAUGGCCCUGUCCGUUGCCCUAACAGCUGCUACCAUACCAAUGCCAAGGGGGCACACAAAGACACAACCACUUCUACUUAGCCAUGUUUCUUUAGUUCUUAUUGUGAAAUUAGUCGGAAGGAAAUUUGUUUUUUAAUUUUAUCAUCGUUUUAAGGUGAAAAAACAUUAACUUUAGAUUCAGGUGUGCCUUUUUUAAGGAACCACUUGGUCUUCUUGGAAUGACUUUCAUCAGGCUUUUUACCAACAUAUCCAUAGUCUCUGUGAUAUGGUGUACAGUCUGUCCUCGUAACACUUACUUCGAGGGCAAUGCAUUAUGAAUGCAUGUAGUGGCCUUUAUCGCCCUUAGUGCAUUAUAUUAGAGGAGUUGCUGUAAGCAUUUCAAACUUGUCAAGACUGUCCCCAGGUGGUUUAUAGGAAGCAGUAGGCCUAACAGCAGUCCAAGCACCCCGGGUGGCUUGACCACAACGACGGCUACUACUCACAGCACUCUAUCUGGCUCACUCUGAACAAUAGACACUUUCUGUUUGAGAAAGCAGGUGACGCUCAACAAAAGGUCCAAAUACAUUUGGAGCACAUAUUAGAUUUGUGUGUGUGUGUGAGAAACUUAAGAGCAGCUUAAGAUGUCUUUUCACAAUAUCAGAGUCAUGUGUACGAUGUGCUGUUGAUUCAGAUGAUCAGUCACAGUAGGUUGAAAGACUGAAGAUGUUCUGUCAAAGUGAACAUGACAGACCACAGCAUAGCCCAUAGUGUGCAGAAUAUUUCGUGAAUUAAUUGGCAAACAUCUCUUACUAAUCUUAAACAAUCCCAAAUUGGAAACGGACUAUAAUAAGAUAACGUUUCAAAAACAAAAUGUUCUCACAUUUCUCGAUUGAGCGGUCUUGUUAUUUUGGUGUAAUGGUGAGGGUAUUGCCUGCAGUGUCCAUGUCCAUACAUGGAAGGAAGAAAAUAUGUAUAGAGUAAGUCUAUGGAGGGUUCUAAAACUGAUGCCUUCUUUAGGGCAGGUUUAAAGCUGUUCAAUAGUGUUACUAUACAUGGCUGUGGUAGCCUGGGUUUAAUCUAGUGUAGUGCACCUGCACCAAGGAAGUCUUACCAGAGCUGUAGCCUCCCCUUGGUUAUGAUGACGAGGGGAAACCCAUUUUUAUCCAUUUAAACGGUUUACAUCCAAUGGAAUAUUUUCUGUUAUGGGGUAUAUAUUUUAAAUUGUCUAUAUAUAUUUUUUUUAUCAUUACAAAAUGUAAUGCAUUUAAUUUAUUUUGAGUGGGUCAACGUUGCAGAGUUUGGGGGGGGGGGGGGGGGGGCAGGAGGAGGGAGCAGUGUCGUUGUUUGUUGCUGGCCGGUAAUUAAUGUUCUUUAUUUCCUGUCUUUAUAUCUGUGCACUUUAGAUACGCCUGCCGCACAACGAGAGGGGUGGGCAGGCUAUAUGUACCUUUUUAUAUACAUGUAUCUAUUUAGAUCAGUCUCAGGAACCAAUGGGCUCAAUGAGGCCCUUCUCUCUCUCUCACCGUCUCUGUCAGUCUUUCUUUCUCUCCCUUUCUCCCUGUCACUCUCUUUCUGUGUCUUUUGUCUUUCUCUCGGCCUCUCUCUCUGUGUUGUCUCUCUCUCUCCCCUU